UGCGUAUUUUGUGAUAUUUAGAAGAGGAUUAACGGCAUAAAUACCAAAAGAAAAAAUUGAAUGAAUUAAAAUCGCCGAGAAAUUAUAAACCAAAAAAAAAAACAGGAAUAUAAUCGAUUUAACAACAAGACAUAAUUGAAAGAAGCGCCGAGAAUUUGUGAAGUGGUGAAAACCAAAAACAAUUCCAUUUGCAUUCGCGCUAAGACUGCUUGCUUGUGCCGCCAACAUUUAAUCGCCGAUUUGUCCCGCUUCGCUGCAUAUGUAUGUCGGCUAACAAGGUGGAAGAAACGAGUUUUCAACUCGCGUACUCGCAAACUAUUUAAACUACUUAAUUAAAGUGACGCUGCUGGCUGGCUAAACGAAGAAAGUCUCACAAUUUGUAUGCCACGAAUAUUAUUUCAAGUGAUUAACUUAAUAAGCAACGGUAUAUUAGACACAAAAACAAAGUUUUAAACUAUUUAAGCUGACAAAGGAGAAGGGAAAUACGUGUGAAAGUGCCAAUAGCAACAACCACCUACUCAACGUAUUCAAUAUACAUACACACACAUAUACAUGCAUAGUAUGCAUACACUUGGAUGCCACUGCAUCUAGACUACAAGCGAAUAUUACAUACAUAAAUCAAACGUAUUUACUACAUACACAACACAUACAGAGUUUAUUCGCAUAGCAUAAACGAGCAGAUCAGCGUUAAUCAGAUUCUAUUACGGAUAAAAUUACGUGUGAAAGGUUCCUACUAUAAAUUUUAAGAGGUAAAAUAAAACAACAACAACGAAAUGGCAAAACAGCUGCGUACACUUGGCUGGGACUACUUCAUGUUCGUGGCCUUCGUUUUGAUCACCGUCUUCGGUCCACUAUGGAAACGGAUUUUUGGAAAGAAAAAGCAACGUAGUAAGGCUGAUUAUGUCUUUGCCACAGGCGGCAUAUCAAUUGUGGCAAUUAUGCUAUCAAUCGCACGCGGCACGCUGGGUGUGCGAACAGUGUUGGGUUACCCCAGUGAGCUGUUCUACCGUGGCUCGGCAAUGUGGGAGAUUAUCUACGGCAUGGUCAGUGCGUAUCCCAUUGUGUGCUUCGUUUUUGUGCCAGUUUAUUUUAAUUUGGGCAUAACGUCCGUCUACCAGUACAUAGAUUUAAGAUUUAAGAGUCGGCUGGUGCGCUGCCUCGCCUCUGGCACAUACAUUGUGCGGCAAAUUUGCUCCCUCGGCAUUACCGUUUACACUCCCAGUGUCGCGUUGUCGACCGUAAUUGGCAUUCCCUAUUGGGCAUCCAUUGUGGGUAUGGCUGUGAUUUGCAUAUUUUUCACUAUCAUGGGUGGUCUGAAAGCGGCCAUUAACGCAGAUGUCAUACAAACUGUAACGGUAAUUUUAGUCACAUUAGCCGUCAUUGUGAAGGGUCUCAUAGCAAGUGGCGGUGCUAAACACGUUUACGAAGUGAAUCGGGAUAAUGAUCGUUUACAAUUCUUCAACUUCAGCGGCGACAUGACUGUGCGAGUAGAUACGCUGUCCGCCUGGCUAGGUCAGUUGUUCAUGUCGUUGUCUCAGUUUGGCUGCCAGCAGAACUUCAUGCAACGUUACGUAUCGCUGAAAUCCAUGAGUCAGGUGCGAAGAGUCAUGAUGACAAAUAUCCCCAUAAUCUUUGUGUUCUUUUCACUAUCGUGGCUGUCGGGUAUGGUGAUCUAUGCUACCUAUGUGAACUGUGAUCCCUACGCUGAGGGCUACAUAAGCAAACCAGAUGAAAUUUUACCCUUCUUUGUGGAGGAUCAGUUGGCGGUGAUACCCGGCUUCGUUGGCAUUUUUAUGGCAAUGCUGUUCAAUGGUGCAUUGUGCAUGAUGGUCUCAAAUUUAAAUUCAUUAGCCACAGUUUGCUGGGAAGAUUUUAUUUCGCAGUUGCCACAAUUCAAGGGACUAAGCGACAAGCAACAGCUUUUCAUCCUUAAAGUCAUAACCGUCAUUUGCGGAUUAAUUAUAAUGGGAGUCGCUUUCGGCGUAGGCCUGCUAUCGGGAGUAAUUGAGUCUUCAUUACUAGCAUUUUCGGCAACAUCCGGCCCAUUAUUGGGCUGCUUCAUAUUAGCCAUGCUUGUGCCGAUUGCCAAUUGGAAGGGCACCUCUGCUGGUAUGAUAUCGUCGUGCGCCUUCGUGAUCUGGCUCAUCACUGGCAGCGCUACAUUGGACAAGAGCGGUCAGAAUAUUUUCCUGCCUACAUCAACAGAGGGCUGCACCAACACCACUUUCUCGCAGUCCAUCAUUAAACCCAAAGAACUUGCUGCGUCGUGGUUAGCUUCACAUUCGCUCGUCAACGAGACUUCAGCUAUGCAACUAACCCUCAUGGCACCGGAACGCACUCCGAUGGAGACUUUCUACUCUGUCAGUUACAUGUACUACAGUUUACUUGGAGCAGUCAUUGCUGUUGGUGUCGGCGUUAUAAUCAGUUACCUUACACGUGAUCCCAAGGACGCCUACGAUGCGAAGCUCUUACAUCCCAUGGUAUUGAGAUGGUGUGAACGUUUCCCCGGCGAAAAGCCCUAUAUAAUCGGCGAAGCUACCAGCGAUUUGACAUCGGGGGAGAAAGAAAAAGGUACCAAAGUCAACCAUGCCUUUGAUGUACAAACCGAAUCCAACAUCAUCAUUGGCACAAGUAAUGAAAAACAGAAGCACAAUCCCAUCGAAGUCGUCUUUACUAAAGGGCAAAAUGAUAAGAAAACCGAAAUGCCAGUUGAGCGCAGUAUAACCACCGGUAACCUGGCAAAGGAGGCUGAACUGGAUACGCCACCAAGUGGUGGCGAGAAUGGCACCUACCGCCAGUUUAAAGAAAAGGAAUCGGUGUGAUUCGUAUAUAUGUACAUAUGUACAUACGUAUGUACGUCAUACGAAGAAAGACCUGGAAUUUAUUGAUAUUCACUAUAUGGCGACUUAUGCAAAUUUACUUAAUAAUAAAAAAAAUGUUGGACUUUCGCUAAACAAACUAGUAGUAUAGAAAUACAAAUUUUAGUGCUAAGUAGUAAUGGCUAAGUCUGAAAGUUAAAAAUGGAUUAAAAUAUUCUAAACAAACUAGUAGGCAUAGUUCUGUGGCAAUAAGCCCCUAAGUCGAUUUAAGAAAGAAUUGAGUUAUAUAUGCUAUUGUAUUCUGCAGAAGUUAUAAACGAACAUAUUUGGUUUCCCCAUAGGGUUAACAUUACAAUCCGAAUGUUUAUAACGUUUUUUCUCGAAUUAAGUUUUUUCGAUUUAGGCGGUUAUUGCUUAUGACCACAGAGUUAUACUUGUUUGAUAU